ACCCAAGGAGUACCCCCGGAUCGCCUGUCUUAAGAUAACGGUGCAAGUGACCACAUGUUCUAAAUGCGGGGCAGUCCUUAGUGACUCGCCGGUCUUCGAAGUUGUCCACAAUCUGGACAACUGCAUCUUUAUUCUGGCGUAUACGUGUGGUGUGUGUGACGCCAAGGACUCUGCCUACGAAGGUGAGGAGUUGGUGGGCGCUAAAGUGGUGCCGGUGGGGUUGGGGCCGGGAGAAAGGAAGUUCUACGAGACGUUCAAGGGCCAUGUGCGUGUGCGGAUGAUCAAGAACACGUUGUUGGUGCCCACACAUGCCUCGUACGAGUGUCGACCACGCGCGGAGAACGACACCAUGUAUCCAUGACGAGAGGGAUAUACAUAUAUAUAUAUAUAUAUAGAUAUAGAUAUAUAUAUAUAAUAUAUACGUAUAUGUAUAUAUUCGCGUGUGCGAGUGGGGCACUGUCAUGCACUAUGUACAUAUCAGGAUUGAAGCCAACAUAUAAACUUGUUAUAUACUCAAAUCGGGACAUUAUUAUGGGUUCUGGUAUUCGGGUCCAAG